UGCUUUCCACGAUCAACGUGCAACCGACUGAUCGACCACCCGACCGACCGCCUGACCAACCAACCGACCGACCGACCGACCGACCGAUCACUCCUCUCUAUCCUAUCUUCUUCUUUCUCCUUUAUUCAUUUUUACCUCUUUAUCUAUAUUUCUCUCGUUUUCUCUAUUUUUUUUUCUUUAUUUCUAAUUAUAUCCUUUUCAAUUUGUUACGAUUUACCUAGUUUUUAUUGGGAUCAUUCUCGAAUCAACGAGCGAGUGUUCUAAAUCAAGAAAUAUAGCAUUAUGAGAAGAUAACGUAAAGUGCUUCUCUUUCGGAUAAAGUUUGACUUUUUUAGAUAUCUAUAGACCAAUUCAAAAACGACUGUCUAUCUAAAGACAAAUUUUAUGUAAAUCUAUCUACAAAAUGUGAACGUAAUUCUUUCUUUAUAUUCUAAAUCUCUUUUUAAAGGAAUGAACUAAGAUAUGAUUUAAUCGUAUUAAUUAGAACAAAAUAUUUUAUAUUAGAUUUUUUACAUUAAUAAAUUAUGAAUUAUUUUAUUAAUAUAAUUUUAUACUGCAUAGUUUUUACUGGAAAUAUUUAUCAAAAUACGCGCAUUUUAAAGUUUCAUUUUUUAUACACUUAUGUAUGGUGUGUAGCCUAUCUACUAGGGAUAUGCUUCCAAAAUUAUUUUUCAAAUUUUACCGCUAGAUGGUGCUUGAAAAUCUCGAAAGAAUCGAUCGAGGACAUCGAGGUUCAAUUCAAGGUCGUAGUUACGAUGAUCUAGAAAUACCGUAUUAAAAUGUAGACCUUCGAUUUAUAAAUAAAACGUUUAAUUGAAACAAUGAAAAUAAAUGUAAGAUUAUUGUUUACAACAAUAUUGACUCUGUUUCGUUAAUCGACUUUUAUAAAACGAUAACAUUUCUAUUUUUGAAAAUGCAAACCAUUUUUUAUUUUUUGAUGAAAAAAAUCGAAUGUUUGAUAAUCUUUAGUUCCGCGGUAAAACUAUUUCUAUACAGAUAAAAUAAAAACGAAGAAUGGAGAAAAAAUAUUAAAACUUGGAAUUGUCUUAUUUAAUUUGCAACAUUAUCGUGCAUACCAUUCGCGCUCGUCGAUCAUAGUUAUCGGAAUCUUUCCAACAUGUCUCUCGAAUAUGAGACAACAUUGUAAAGUUAUAGAUAUAAUAAGGUUAAAAUGUGAUUUUGAUACAGAUUUUCGUAUGUAAUCCUAAUAAAUAAAAUAUUUUAUUAUGAACGGAUUAACCUCAUUUAAAAUCUCACUAUAAAAGGGACAAAUAAUUAUGAGUUUCAUUACGAUAUUACAACUGAGACAGACUAGAAUACUAACUAAAUGUCUCUUAGAACAAUAUUUGAAAAGAUACUUAAGGUGUCAAACAAAGUUUUAUUGCAUUAAACAUACUAGCCAUAAAAAUGCUAUUAAUUCGAAAGAUCGUACUAUAAAAAGGAAAGCAUUGAAGGCACGUAUAUUGGAAGAUAUUAAAGAAACAAAAAAAAAAGUAGAAGGAAUAAUUGAAAGAGAAAAUAUAUGGACUGUUCCCAAUCUUCUUUGUGUGGGUCGUAUGGUUACAUCGCCUUAUUUAAGUUAUUUAAUACUAUCACAAGAUUACCAGGUAGCACUAUGGCUAUUGGCAUUUGCAGGAGUUAGCGAUUUAGCUGAUGGAUGGAUUGCGAGAACAUGGUCAUCGCAAGCUUCUAAACUUGGCAGUUUUUUGGAUCCUGUUGCUGAUAAAUUACUUGUAGGAACACUCUUUCUGUCUUUGGCAUGGGUAGGAUUAAUACCAGUGCCUCUUACAUGUCUUGUUGUUGCAAGAGAUAUUGCUCUAGUUGUUGCGGCAUCUUACAUCAGAUAUCGAUCAUUACCUGCACCCAAAACAUUGGCAAGAUAUUUUGAUCCUACACAUGCGACAGUACAGUUAGCGCCUACUAUUGCGAGUAAAUUGAAUACAGCAGUUCAGUUGUCUUUUGCUGCUGGGACUGUAGCAGCUCCUGUUUUUCAUUUUGUAAACCAUCCUGUUCUUCAAUGUUUAUGCUAUAUAACUGCAAUAUCAACGCUUGCUGGAGGUAUUAGUUAUUUGACAUCUAGGAAUACGUAUAAAUUUCUUAGAAAGAAAAAAGUUUCAACACGGUCAUAAUAAAUAUUAUUUU